GAAACUUAAAUACAUUGUGUUGAAAAAGUACAGGGUGGGGGGAACUGAAGUUGAUUGACAGGCAUUAAGAAAAGCCUUCCUAAUGUGCGUAAGUUUUCGUUCGAGUUCAGUUUUCUAUUUAAACAGUUGUUAUUGUAUUCAAAAUAUCACCAUCACCAGAAGGGAAGACGCAAUGCACACAGGCACCUACAUGCGUAACUGUACAUUAUUCCAACGGGUAUUGCGGUCCGCCCUUCACGCAAUUUAAGGAAGGCCUUCACACACAUUUUUCGCAGUCUUCGCAAAUCGUCGCAAUGUCUGCAACGCAUUUUAAGACCGUUCUUUUCGCUCUGAUUUUUAUAUGGCUCAGCCAUAGAACCGGCUUAGCGGCCGAGGCCACCGACAAGGUUGUUAAUGGCGUACGAACCACUAUCAGUCGGGCACCGUUUAUGGUGCAACUCAAAUAUAGCGGUUCUUUCUUUUGCGGCGGCACUUUAAUAUCGAGCACACACGUCCUCACGGCGGCACAUUGUAUCAAAGGGAGAGUGCGCAGCAGGAUAAGAGCGCAUGUUGGUACCGGCACCUUAUCACGGGCUGGGACAGUACGCCGCAUAUCGAGAGCAUUCAUACCCAGUAUUUACAACGAAAAUACCAAGAGAAAGGAUGUGGCUGUUUUGAAGCUCGCAAGAGCUGUUAAUGGCACAAAUAUUGCUUCAAUUGGUUUAUGUGAUACACGAUUAACACCUGGUUUACGCCUGCGCUUGUAUGGCUGGGGUACAAGAAGUGAAAGCAGUAGCCAAUCAUCGAAUGUGUUGCGUACCGAAGUCAUACCCGUUUUCCGCAAGGCGGUAUGCAAAAGACGAUACCAAAAUAUCCAAACCCUUACCAGGAGCAUGUUUUGCGCUGGUGUUCCCGGACGGAAGGAUUCAUGCUACGGUGAUUCCGGUGGACCGUUGAUACAUAAUAAUACAGUAUGCGGCAUUGUUUCAUUCGGUAAUGGCUGUGCACGUCCUUAUUAUCCUGGCGUCUACACAAGUGUGCCGAUGGUGCGGCGGUUCAUCAAUCGUGCAUUGGCACAAUAAUUGGGAUUAUUGUUUAAGUUGAAAAGUGUACGAAAAGUACUUCGUUGUUUAGAAAUAAAUUUUGUUGGCAUUAACAAUAACAUAAUUUUUGUUUUUUAAUAUACCAUUUCAAGUUCUGCGUGAAGUUCACGGUCGCGCGUACACACUCAUGCGCAAUCUUAUCAUUUUCAUACUUCUCUUGAUGUUAUACACGUGUAUUAUUAUAUUACCUUUAUACUAUGACCCUGACCCAUUUCCGGGAAACAAACGAUUUAUCUAUAUAGAAUAUAUAUACUCUCUAACAGGAGUUCGACCAAAUCGAACCAAAUAUACAUUUUUCCAAUAGAUCGGCAUGUGAAUAUCCAGGAAAAUUUUGUCUAAACUAUUCCCGAUUCCUCAUACAAAAAGCAUCAAAAUUAGUCCGGCCAUUUAAAAGCAGAGUUUUUCGAACAUAUCUGUCUGUGAUCCACUUUUUACGAACAGGUUAGUCCCUGGCUGGACCCAUGUUAACGAAGUCGACAAGAUUCCUACAAACGUACCGAUUUUCAAGUAAAUUUGAAUUGAUCAGUCAAAUCACUCUCGAAUUUUAACGAAGUCGGUACAGGAGUUCACUAAAAAACGCAAAGAAAAAAAAAAGAAAUAAAUGGCGACUCUACAUGAAUAUUCUCUACUAAAAGGUUGCACUGGUACCUUACUACAGAACAAGUAAACUGAAAUACUAAUUAAAUUAGCGUGGCAUUGGAGUACAAAAUUUAUAAAACUUUGCUUAUCCUGCUAUGCAACAUAUUAGGAUCUAGUAGAAAGCAAUUCAUCAUAGUUGCAGUAGAUGGCUAUAGUGAUCUGUAUCUCGGAUCUUCCAAGAGAAGCUGAAGAGAAAAUACACCAUAAUUUCACAUCUUUCUUUCGUCAGGCAGAUUUUGUUGGGCUUGGUGGAUCGGCAAGGCAGCAUCCACCUUGAGCUGCUCCCCCACGGCUAAACUCUUAUUUCGCACUUGGACUGUCAAAAUUUGGACCGUCUGAGCACCGCCAGACCACUAACAACGAUAGUGUCUCGCCGGAAGCUUGAUUGGAAGGCUCUUUUGCCCCCACUUUAUAGUCCGGACCUCGCACCAAGUGAUGACCAUCUGUUCAUGUCUAUGAUGAAUAAUUUGGCUGGUAAAGAAUUCGGCCGCUGUAGCCGAGUAUUCAAAUUCUCGUGCGACUA